GUUAAAUAUUGCAAAUUUGACUAUAGGUCAAUUUUUACUGAUGUUAUAUUUCCACGAAUCGCUUGCUUGCUUUAUAUGCAUGAUUGCAGUCUUUCAGUAGUGGGAGGGUUACAUAGACGUUCCCCCUUCAUUCAGCCACUAGAUGUCAGUCAUAAUUACAUAAUCACAUCAGUCCUGUAAAGACGUUGUUAUGAAAAGGUGAGGCUCUUGUUACACAAUUUUAUCUCAUAGUCCAACACGGGAGCUAGUUGGAUCAUUUUACUUGAACAGAUGCAUGUAUUUGUUUAUGCACAAUGUCAGUUAUGUCAGAAUGACAAGCGUACUUUUGUCCCGUAAAGUCAUCACUCACUGUAACCAAACAAACCCACGAGGCCACAUGACAAGAAAAGAUGUUGGUUUUCCUUUGAGCCAAUUGCAAAACUCGCCUAGUUUCGGUGCCGCCCACCUUCCAGCUUCACUAUAAAACUGUGACGCAACGUUGCCAACAACAAACGCAGAAGAGACUGGCAUAACUUUGGUACACCGGCAGUUGUCACGCAUUUACGCAGUGGGAUCGGUUUUUAAUUUGCAAUCAUGAUUCCCGAAGAAAGCUUUGCUUCCAUCGAGAACAAGAUGCAGUCUGUAGGUCUGGCUCUGGAGGAGUUGCUGGUAACUGCUCAGAAACAAGGCUGCCUCACUGUUGGCAUUUAUGAAUCAGCCAAGCUUCUUAAUGUAGAUCCAGACAGCGUGGUGCUAUGCGUGCUGGCAGCCGACGAUGAAAACGAUGUGGCGCUGCAGAUCCACUUCACAUUGCUACAGUCCUUCUGCUGCGACAGCGGCAUCACCAUCUUGCGAGUCUCUGGGUUUCAGCGACUCCAGCGGCUGCUGGGAGCUGUGGAUGCCAACAGGAACCAGGAAGAGCACAGAGACCUUCACUGCAUGCUGGUUACGAAUCCUCAGGCAGAGCACUGCAGACUGCAGGAAGUGGGGACCUACUGCCAGGAGAGUCGGCGCCUUGACCAGUGGGUGCCUGAACUAGUCCUGCAGGAACGCUGAAGGGUCUGCAUACAGGAACUUUUGUGGCCAGAUACUGAUACACUGAAGGAUCUUUACGCUUAAGCAGGGAUGACCUGGAGUGUAGCCGCUCCAGUCCACUAUCCUUAAUGACCAGCAAAACCAUGGACUCCCACUCAAAGACUAGUGAAACAGCUGGACUGGACACUGGUUUCUAAAAUCUGUACUUGUGCAAAAGAUACAGAGAGAAAAGUCACAAUGUUUUUACAAUGCCAUUAAAACACAAUCUGUUUUGUGCUGCUCUCUGGGUGCUCACAAUCUCUAUGGGGUGUGACAUAGUAAACAUUAAGAGGAGUAGUAGUUUUGAAAGGAACACAUCCACACCCAGCUUAUACCUGGAAGUCUUGUUUGUUUGACUGGACAGGAAUGUUGCAGUGCUGAAACUGUACCAGACAUUCCUGGGAGAGUCCCAGGAAAGGAGAGGAGAGGUGUGUGUUUGUAUGUGUGGUAUGUCUAUGUGUGGUAUGCAUUUACAAUACUUGUAUUUUUCUGUAGAAAAGGCUGGGUGUGCGGUGUGUGCAUUCUUAAAAUGAGCAGCUGAAAGCUGCUGGGGAAUUGUCACUAUGGAAACUGAAAUGGAAAUAAUGUUAAAGACACACAGGACCUAUUGACACUGGAAGAAACAAAAGAAAAAACAAUGUAAAGAGACUCUGAGGAUGAUAUAUUUUAGUCAGGAUCCGAAAUUCCCAAUGAUGCAGAACGCCUGUGCCGUCUGAUCCGGACAGGUCAGCUUUAAAUGUAUUGUAAAAAUAUCAACUUCUUUGUGCCUUCAAGAGUGCUGCCUUUCUGAUAAAUAACUAAUGUAAAGUGGCUACACUGUUAAUUUAUUGAUUGUAUUGUUUUUUUGUAGUUAUUUGUAAUCUAUUUUGUGCUCUGUUAUCUAAGUAAAUAAAUUAUUUUAUUCAUAAAUUCUUCUUGUUCCUGGGGCUUCUGCUCAGAUUUCAAAACAAAAGCCAUGUGUGCGUCAUGGAACCUGCUGAGUCACGCAACCAGAGUUUACAUUCGGGCUGAAGUCAUGGAAAAUGCAUGCACACUUAGGGCAAAGUCUUUGUCAUUGCCAGCCCCUUCUAUUGUCAUGAGCAUAAGUCAGUGAGAAUGAAACUGGGGUGGGGACAGAAACUCACUAAAACAAGCAUAACAAGCUCAUGCAGACCUACUGUCCCUGCAAGUCAGGAAGCAAUGAAGCAUUACAGGAAAGACGCAUUACCUGCGUGUCAAACGUUUUUAUUUAUUCCCAAGCCAGAUUCCAUACGUGCAUAACAAGAAUCUUUUAAAAAUGCACGUUUUGCAUUAUAUAUUGCAGCUAAAGCCCUGCAACAAUGUUGCAUGCAAAUAACAUAAUGUGUAUUAAUGUGUGUGUGUGCGUGUGUGUGGGUGAAGCCUCUGAUCCCUCUAUUAUCUCUGCUUAAUCUCAGGAUCUUCCCUCUGCUUUGCAAUCUAUUCCACCCUCUGCUCUCACAUGGCUGUUCACAGCCCUGUCUGCAGCUAGAGGAGAGAGGAACAUAUUGAGGCACAUGGACCUCACACUUGUUUACAAUCACACAGGGUAGUGACUGGUGAGGGGAGUGUCUUCUCAAAGGCUGUGGCUCAUCCAGCGUAAAUCUGAUUGGCUGUGACUUGCAGAAGGGUCAUGGGAAGUAUGGUUUGAAACUAGGAGACAAGCUUGUGACGGUUGAAAGCACACUCAAAAGGGCACAGUGAAGGCCUGAGACGGCUACAACAAUGGAAUUCCUGUGAAAUGACCAAACUGGGAGACUUCUACCUAGCUCUGCUCUUUGUUUACUCUGUUUGAUGCAUUCUAUUACAUGCAUCAUGCUCUGCAUACCGUAUACCCAGCAGGCCAGAGAGCAUGUUUCUGCAAGUGCAUUGUAGAGUUGCA